AUGUUUCGAAAAACCAACAAUCUUCAGUAUAGUGAUAGUCCAAUAGACGAAGAAAGACCACUACUUGGCAGAAACAACGGCUUACAACCUAACAUACGCCAUAACUUCUCUGAGAGCACCAAUGCCGUCCAGUUACGGCAUCAUAAAUAUAUAUUCAGACAAGCACGAAGCUUGUCCUCUGCCUCACGGUAUUCUUCGUCGGGGCGUAGACAAGAAAGUAAACGAGAUAGUCUAUCCCAGACCCUGUCAAUACCAAUGGCUACAGCUACGGCUUCAGUUAAUGAAGACGCCUGGCUCAAAAAACUGAAAGCAUUCGUCGAUCGUCAAGCACAAAAACCCUCGCUUAGACAACAACUUGCCUACAAGUGCGAUACGACAUGGGCGGGUCGAAUAUGGGAGAUAAUAGAUGCUAGCACAACCUUAUUGUUUGUGAUGUUAUAUAUUUGGAAUACCGGUUACGUUGGCCGUAAUACGAGAACCGAGCCAGACGAGAAGAUACUUCCACAGUUCUUAUUAGUCUUGGAUGUGAUUCUUGCCACUGCAAUACUAGUAUUAUUCAUUCCGCGUGUGUGGCUGGCGCCUGAUCGCAUUAUAUAUCUUCUCGGCUGUUACUCCCUCUCUACCUUCGCUUCUGUUCUACCCGUUAUAGUUAACUACAUCAUCAUCCAUUUCGACUCACAUACACGGGAAACUUACAUGGCUGCUGAGCCAGCAGUCUUUCUCUAUCCUCUACGUUUUCUGCGACUACAUUUGGCAAUUUCUAUUUGCGUUGCUCCUGUAAAAAGCUCUGUUAUUAAAGUAUCGGUGAUUGCAAGGAAGUGCUUAAAAGUUGGCUCGACGAUUCUAGUUACUUUGCUUAUUGCCACCGCUUUGGUUCAUUUUGUAACAUGGAAGCAACAUGCGGACGAUGCUAUGUCAAAAGAGCUUAGCUUCUAUGAUGCGUUCUUUUUUACCGUUGUGGCCAGUACUAUUGGAACAGGCACAAGUAUUGUGCCCGAUAGCACAUUUACCAGAAUUGUGAUUCUCUAUGUUAUGGUUGCUGGCGCUAUAUUUAUUCCUACCCACUUCGCCGAGUUACUCCGGUUGAUUGCGCAGAAGUCGAAAUAUGAGCAUUCAUACAAAGGAGAAAGGAAUCAAGAUCAUGUAAUAGUCGCGGGUACAUUUGAUGCCAUUAAUCUGUUUGAAUUUCUACGUGAGUUCUUUUGUGAAGACCACGGUUUAGCUAAGAUGCAGACUCGUGUCAUAAUUAUGAAUCCUAAUGAGCCAUCCGAAGAGAUUGCAAUGCUUUUGGAAGAUCCUGCGUUUGUUAAUAGAGUACAAUAUGUGCAAGGGUCAGCAACAACAAUUCGAACUCUCGAAAAGGUCCAAGCAGACUGUGCAAGUGGCGUAUUUUUACUUUCAUCCAAAUUCACGGUGAGUGAUGACGCCGAGGAUGCUGAACAAAUGAUGAGAGCACUGUCUAUGAAGAAGUACAACCAGGAAUUGAAAUUAUACGUGCAAAUGCACCUUCCUGAGAAUGUUCCUCAUUUCGACUUUUUAGCAAAGGAUGUUGUAUGUAUAGAUGAGUUCAACUUAGGAUUGAUGGCUCAGAGCUUAAUCGUUCCAGGAUUAGCUUCUAUGGUGGCAUUGCUUACUACAUCAAUAACAGAGACCACUUCUCGCUUUCUGAGACGUAAGGCUGAGAAAAAACCAGAUUUAGAAUGGGCUAUUGAAUAUAUAGAAGGUGCUACUCAAGAAAUAUAUGCUGUUACUUUUCCCGAAUCUCUGCAUGGCCUAACAUUUCUAGAAUGUUCAGAGAUUAUAUACUUGCAUCUUGGUACUGUACUCUUCAGUAUUGGCGUUCAUAAACGGCAUGGUGCUAAAGGUUUGACUAUAGGGAGAUCACCACUUCAAAUUUAUUUAAAUCCCCAAGAUUACAUAAUUACCGGUGGAGAAAUUGGCUUUGUCGUAAGCUCCAACAGUGAGAUUACGGAUCGAAUGAUGGACUUUGGCAAACGCUAUUGUCGUAAAGACCAACAUAGUGACUAUGGUUCAAAUUGCAUUACCCUAGAUAGGCUUCCAAAGGAUCUUUCGAACAAUAUGUUACCGGGAACGAUUACAUCCAAAUCCUUGUGUAAAGAUAAGAAUAUGGCACAGACAAAUUCCAAAGCCAUUAAUGAUAAUUCUUCCGGUCCAGCAAGUCCUCAAGAGCCUUUGAAUAAGCACCUAAAAAUAAUUACUUCAAUUAAUGUCAAUGGAGAUGCUGAGCGAGUUCCGCCUUCUCCGCUCCCAGUAAAUCCUCCGACUCGUGCUGAAAUUUCGCAGCUGAACAUUCGCAAAGCCGCAGCGAGCCUAAAUGGAUCAAAUUUCUCGGAGUUGGACGUCGAAAAUCAUAUCUUAAUAUGUGACUGCAGCCCUAAAUUCCCUGGAAAUUUAGAGAUUUUUCUUAAUAUUAUUCGACAAAAAAAGGAAAAUAUCCCAGUCGUUAUUCUAUCCUUAGUUGAGCCUGCUCUUAACGAGAGAAAACUGUUGGAAACAUUUGGACAUAUCUAUUUUGUGAAAGGCAGUCCGAUGAAGCGGACAGAUCUAUAUCGCGCAAACGUGCACUUAGCACGGAGAUGUCUUGUUUUAAGCGACUCGCAACGAUAUAAUCCAUCGAUUCGUGGCACUGCGGAUGCUUCCACUUUAUUGGCAAUGGUGAACAUUGAAUCCAUGAUGAGAGACGAUUGUUUUGUUGUAGUUGAGUGUGUGGAUAGAAACACUUUCAAAAUGGUUGGCAAUGGCGACACUGUCCGGAUUGGCGAGGAAUACGUCCAGGCACUUAUGUGUCCAUCGUUCGUGAGUGGGCGUGUGUAUACACCGUAUUACUUGGAUACGAUCCUUUGUCAAUGGCAUAUCCUAGACAUUCUGAAGCAACUUAUAUUCAGCAAUGAAUUUGAGGGAAAAGAUUCAAACUUCACUGCGACAAACCGCCAUACUUUCAGAAUAGCGCCCGGUCUUUACCGUCAUGUUCAACAACGAGAAGGUCCAUUCUGGUAUGUCUUUAUCAAUCCUUCUAAAAACACCAUUCUUCAUGAGCAUGAUAGAGUCUAUGUAAUCGUGGGGAAAGAGUCAAAGUUUGACGAUUGGGAACUUUUUGAGGAUGAUGGAAUGGCCGACAUGAGCUAG